AUGGAACAGGGUUGUGAGGGACGGAAAUCUCUCCGUCCGCUGGCCUUCGCUUCUGUGGCGUUGGCCACCGUCAGUGUUCUGUCCUGCAUCAUCAGUCUUCCACUCGUUUACAAUCAUGUACAGUCCAUUCAAUCGUAUAUGCAAAAUGAAGUCGACUUUUGUAAGACUCGCUCUAGAGAAAUGUGGCGUGAAAUGGUGACUGUACAGUUUACCUCAACUGGUAAGGUGAACCCUCGUGCCAAGCGAGAGGCUUACGAGGCCCAGCCGGUAGACGCUGCUCACUCGAAUCCAUCAUCAGCAGCUGGAUCGUGCUGCACAUGCCAAGUUGGCCCUCCUGGGCCUCCCGGUCCUCCUGGACGAGAUGGACGACCAGGAGCUCCUGGAAGACCUGGAAAUCCUGGCCCACCGGGCCGAGAUGGUUCUCUUCUACCAGGGCCACCACCGAAACCUCCAUGCCAAAAAUGUCCACCCGGACCACCAGGACCUCCUGGACCACCUGGACCGAAAGGCCUCCCAGGACCGCAAGGAGAUCCUGGCACUCCAGGACAUGAUGGAAUCCCUGGACUUCCUGGGCCUCCUGGUCCAGCAGGCCCACAAGGACCUCCCGGUAUUCCGGGAGAAAAGGGACCACCAGGUGAACCUGGAAAAGUUAUCAACGGUGCUCCACCAGGGCCUCCUGGACCACCAGGCCCACCUGGACCACAAGGACCGCCAGGGCCACCAGGAAAGGAUGGCCAAGCUGGAAGACCAGGGCCACCUGGCCCACCUGGUGAUCCUGGAGAGAAGGGAGCCGACGGAUUGCCUGGACCUCAUGGACCGCCCGGACCUCGAGGACCGCCAGGACAGCCCGGCUCUUGUGACCAUUGCCCUCCUCCACGAACUGGACCGGGAUAUGGACGGCUGUAG